AUGAUCCUAGAGAACCCGCUGUCAGUUAUUUCACUGUCGAGACUUCUAGAUGUCUCUGAGAGGUUUAUCCAUACUCGGCUAAACUCAUCACACCCGGUUUUGACUGUGCCAGAUGAUAAGACUUCGUCAGUACGGCUCUUUCAUCCGUCAUUUCGGGAUUUUAUUCUUAAUCCGGAAAUCCGCAAGAAAACCCCCUUUUGGGUGGAUAAAAAAGCGAGACACUGCAAGUUGACUAAACAAUGCCUUCGUAUGUGUCAUAAUCUGCGAAGAAAUAUCUGUGGACUACCUAGUGAUGGAACUCAACGUACAGAGGUUAAUCAACUCACUAUCGAUCGCAACCUUCCUUGGGGCUUACAGAGCGCCUGUCGAUACUGGGUAAAUCAUCUGAUACAAUGCACCGACUUAAUUGGAAUGAUGCAUGAUGCGUUGUUAUUUCUUCAGAGGCAUUUUUUGAACUGGGUCGAAGCAAUGAGCUUACUGGGUCUUACCAAUGAGUCUUCCCCAAUUUCGGAUUUCCUUCACGACGCGAGGCGAUUUAUCCUGAAAAACCGCCAGAUGUCCGUAAACAAUUCAAACAAGAGAUUCCGACUUGGAUAUGCCAGUCACCACGAGUUGAAGAAACGUAGGGCCCAGAACUACAGACGCUCGAAGACCAUUCGUCUUCAGUUGAGUCAGUGGCCUUCUCGCCCGACGGCCGGCUCCUGGCGUCCGGCUCCUUGGAUAAAACAAUAUGCCUCUGGGAUCCGGCGACAGUCACUAUGGUCGAAUUGUGCGACGACGGUUUAUAUCUCCAAAUCAACUCCGGCUUGA